GUCUCUCUCUCUCUCUCUCUGCAACAAGCCAAUCACCAAAGAUGGUGAAGCUUGCAUUUGGAUACUUUGGUGACUCCUUCAGUGUUUCUUCUUUGAAGGCUUACUUGGCUGAGUUCAUAGCCACUCUUCUCUUUGUCUUCGCUGGUGUUGGCUCUGCAAUUUCUUACAGUGAUCUUACAUCAGAUGCAGCGUUGGACCCAGCUGGCCUUGUCGCCAUUGCCAUAGCUCAUGCUUUUGCUUUGUUCGUUGGUGUGUCCAUAGCGGCCAACAUCUCUGGUGGCCACUUGAACCCUGCCGUCAAUUUUGGAUUGGCCGUCGGUGGUAAUAUUACCAUCCUCACUGGCAUCUUCUAUUGGGUUGCCCAACUGCUUGGCUCUAUCGCUGCCUGCCUCCUCCUCCAAUUCGUCACCAAUGCCAAGUCCGUACCAACCCAUGGUGUUGCUUCCGGCAUGUCAGCCUUCGGAGGCAUCGUGAUGGAGAUUGUCAUAACCUUCGCAUUGGUUUUCACCGUCUACGCCACCGCAGCUGACCCCAAGAAGGGAUCACUUGGAACAAUUGCUCCGAUCGCAAUUGGGUUCAUCGUUGGUGCGAACAUCUUGGCUGCUGGUCCAUUCAGUGGUGGUUCAAUGAACCCGGCUCGUUCAUUUGGACCAGCUGUUGUCAGUGGUGACUUUGCUGGUAACUGGAUUUAUUGGGUUGGCCCACUUGUUGGGGGUGGUUUGGCCGGGUUUAUUUAUGGCGACAUCUUCAUUGGAUCUUAUGCCCCAGUAGUCGCUGAAGACUAUCCUUCGCAAGCUCCUUACCCGUUAUCUGAAUGAGUGAUUGUGUGAAGGAAGGAGAACUCACGGGCAGACAUGGUAGAUCCAACAGAAGCGAAGACGAAGAGGAAAGAAGAUAUGAACUCUGCAAGAUAAGAUCGGAGAGCGGCCAUGAUAAUGGACUGCUCGAAACAGGCGCCGAGUGGGGUAGAAGCCGCCAUUAGAUUAGCAGAGAUGGAAGAUGAGAUGUGUUUCAACGUAUUAAUGAUUCUAUUCAUCUGAAUUACUGUAACUUUCUGCAGAGGCUUUUCUGUUCA